CUGUGAUAGUUUCGUGACGCCACAACUGUCUUCAAAUCCCCAAACCGAGGUUGCUGUGGUUAUCAUGAGAAGUCAAUGACGCCAAAAUGAGGUACGAAACAGUGUUGGUGCUGGCAACGGCGUUGCUGGCGCUCGUGGUCACCGUGGCCAGCGGUCAGGAAGUGUGCCCCGAGCCGUGUAGCUGUGAGUGUGAGGAAAGCAUGUCCUGUGUCGAUUGCUCCGGCCGUGGUCUCACGGAGCUGCCCGUGUUUGCGGACCCCAAUAUCGAAAUCCUGGACCUCUCGGACAACCUGUUCACCGAAAUUCCACCAGCAUUGACCCAGUUUCCGCGGUUACACUACCUGGACAUGUCGGCGAACGCCAUCAGUUCGCUUCCGGAAGACGCACUCGUCGGCAUGUCUUCGCUCGCCAUUCUGAUCCUGUCCGAGAACAACAUCUCGAACUGGGCCGACAUCCACCCGAACCGGUUGCUGCUGCCGGCCAGCAACUUGCGCGAGCUUCGGCUGGCCAACAACCAGUUUACGAGCUUCUCCAGCAACGACGAGAGCCUGGUGCUGGCCAGUAACUCGCUGCGCUACCUCGACCUCAGCAGCUGCCGGAUCGAGAAGGUGUCCGGUGUAGACGUAAUCCUUGGGCUGCGCAGUCUCGAGUACCUGAAGCUGAGCGAAAAUCCAAUCACCGCCAUUUCGGACGUACAAUCGGCGAGUUUGAAGAAGCUCGAGCUGAACAAUUGCAAACUGACCUCCUUGCAGCCGACGGUCUUCACGGGCCUCACCGCUCUGAAGGAGGUCAACUUGGCCCACAACUACCGACUCUCGCUGGUGGUGCCCGAUGAGGGCGAACACGUUCAGUCGGUGAGCCUGCGGAAGAUCAACCUGUCGCACUGCAACAUGAACUCGCUGGAUCUUCACGGAUUCCCCGCCCUGAUGACGGCGAUCGUACGGGAGAACAUGAUCCAACAGCUAGGACGCGAGUCGUUCACUGGAAAUCCGCUGCUAGAGCACCUGGACCUGUCACUCAACUCGAUCCAUAACAUCCACCCGGAAGCGUUUCGGACGUUGCAGCACCUGAAGACGCUCGAUCUGUCGUUCAACAUGAUCCCGCGCAUCGACGGGAAGCUGUUCAAGGCCAACGACCUCCUGACGCACAUCAAUCUGAGCCGCAACUUUAUCGGGCGCUUCAGCCGGAUCGCGGCCGACUCACUCGUGUACCUCAACAUGAGCUGGUGUGAGAUCCUGAGCAUCGACUGGGACGCGCUCGGUUCAAUGAACGAACUGAUCGAGCUCGAUCUGUCCCACAACCUGAUCUCGGACAUCCCGGACACGCUCGCGUCGGCGUCACUCCAAACACUGGACCUCAGCAUGUGUCGCCUGACGACGAUGCAGAACACCACGUUCGCCGGUCUGCCGGAGCUGGUGCGCAUCAAUCUGGCCGGCAACCGGUUCACGACCCCGUUCCGGGUGGACUUCUUCGACCGCAACCCGUUCCUGAGCGAGAUCUGGCUGGGCGACAAUCCGUGGCGGUGCGACUGCCGGAGCGACGACUUUUUCAUGUUCUUCCUCUUCCUGACCGAUCCACCGGGCCGCGUCAGCGACCGGAAGAGCCUGCAGUGCAACACACCGGAGGACUUCUUCGGCGCGUCCUGGGAGGGCGCGUGCCGGUCGGUGUGGUUCCCGUACGAGACGAUGGGCAACGCGGAGCGCAUCUGGACCUGGCUGAUGGUGGGCAUCCUGUCUUUCUUCGGUGUGUUCUGUCUCGUGUCGUCGGUCAGGAAGUUCAUCUCGACUCGCCAAAAGCUCGCCGCCGAACGGGAGCGGGACGAGAACCUGCAGGAGCUGCGUGAAAUCGCCCGUGACAAUCGUGUCCGGUUGCUGCAGGAUGCGCCCCAGAAUGCUCCGGACGCCCGCGAGUCUCGGCCACCGUGCUACGAGGACGCCAUCUUGCUGCCGAAACUGGACGCGGCGUCCUUUGCAUCGCUGGACGAGCUUAUGCUGCGUGGGAAGCGCAAGAAGCGCACCAGAAAUCGUCGAGCGUCCGGCGCGGACCUGAAGGACGAUGACGACGAGGAUGAGGAGGAUCGGCGGAUCGAGCUGCGGCAGCGGUCACGAACUCGCAGUGAAGAUGUCCUGUCGCGCCGCCUUGACGAGCCGCGCCCAUCGCGGCCAAUCGAACCGUCCAUCUACCAGCGGCCAACAUCGAAUCGGGUCGUCAGCGAGGCGGCCGUCACCGUUCACGAUGUGCGCCCGGAAGUGCCGGCUCGGCCCGGUCAGCGGACCGAAGAGCUACACUACGAUUCGAUCGACAUCCUCAGCCUCAACCACCAACCGUCGUCGGCGAGUGGCCGUUCGGCGGUCCCUUCGGGGGUGGACGAACCGAUCGAAACGUUCGCCGGCGUUAGCCACAGUCCGUACGCGAAGCGGAAAGUGAAGCCCCUGCAGCACAUCAACCGCAACGGGAGCAUCGACGAGAUCACGGACUUUGCGGACCGCCAGACGAGUCCGUACGCCAAGCGGCGCAACCCGCUAAUGGGCAGCUUCCGGCGAACGGGCGGAAAGGACCAAACGGAACGGCUGCCCCCGAUACCGAUCGACCUGCCACCGCCACCAUCACCACCACCACCGCCAGUACCAUCACAAGCCUACACAUCCGAGAUUAGGAUGGUUGAGGACUACUUUCAGCCACCGGACCAGAUGCGCCUCGAAGACGAGCUCGAUGACUACGCCGUGAUCCCGGUGCGGUUGCUCUCGGCCGGAGAAACGCUACCCUCUACCUCGGGCCAGAUGAAACCGAUACCGUUGGAGGACUUGAGGACCGAUUCGAGCGACUCUAGCGGCUCGGCCACCAGCAGUGUCAGCAUCGAAAUCAUACCCCGGACCACGGAACCGAGACCGAGAUAG